ACGAAAAUGGGAGGCAUGCAUGCUUUGCAGUAUACGUAUUACGUACUACAUAUGUAAGCGAGGUUUCUAGGAAAUAGAGUGAUGUAUUUUUUUUUUUUUUUGUACUCGUAAAAGAAUUAACAAGGUCCGGACAAAGAAGAUAUAGACAAGGAUUGUGUUUUUUACUCUUGAAAGGUACUUUGUAUAUAUAUGUUCAUAUUUAUUCCGUCUCUUUUUAUAAGGUCACACCUCAAUAAAGCAAAUAGUUUGACACCAACCAAUCCACUACUAAAUAUCCUGCUCGAAAGAAGGAUUGGAUGAAAUUUAAACUCGUGACUUUUUUAUCACGCUGACUUUGAUAUCAUGUCAAAGGUCUAAUUCAAUCAACAACUUAAAUAGUGGUUAACUUUAAAUUGAUUAAUAGACGUAUACUUUACACCAAACACUAAUAAACAAUACAUUCGAAAAAAAAAACCACUAAUAAACAAAAUUCGGAUGUCAAAACCUCAGCAUCAAUCGUUCACUCCAUACACCAUAUAAAGUAACCAUCCAAAUUUUGACUAAAGACAGUAUCCAAGGGAUCUAAUCACGGCUCCAUAAUAUAUGUACUAUAAUUGAUUCAUUCACUUUUCUAACCUUAGUAUUUCAACCCAACUUUUCUUUCUCUGCUUCCUCUCUUAUAUAUUUUCCUCCCCUUUACCAAAUUCAAGAGAACAAGUUGUAAACUUUCCCAAAAAAAAAAUUCCAAAAAAAUGGGGUUUGUAGAUUUAUUAGUGGUGGCUUCAAUACCAGUUGCGAAAGUGCUAUUGGUAGCAAUUGUAGGAUUAUUUCUGGCAUUAGAGCGUAUUGAUUUAUUGGGGGAAAACGCUCGUCAUCAUUUGAACAAGAUUGUGUUCUAUGUUUUAAGUCCUUCUCUAAUUGUGGCUAACUUGGCUAAAACUGUCACCUUUCAAAGUUUUCUUACCUUGUGGUUUAUGCCGAUAAAUAUAUUGAUUACGUUUUUAAUAGGAGCAAUAUUAGGAUGGAUGCUUGUUAAAGUUACAAGACCUCCUAAGCAUCUCAAGGGCCUCAUAAUUGGAGCUUGUUCUGCUGGGAAUAUGGGUAACUUGCCUAUCAUCCUAGUUCCAGCGAUGUGCAAAGAGAAGGGCAGUCCAUUUGGAGCUACUGAUGUUUGUGAGACUUAUGCUUUGUCCUAUGCGUCUCUUUCCAUGGCGAUAGGGGCAGUUUACUUGUGGUCAUUUGUAUACAACGUUGUGAGAAUUUCUGCUGAGGAAGUAGCAAGAGAUAAAGAGGCAAUUAAUUACUCAAGCAUCAAUAUUGAGGAGUCCAAUCAGGAACCCCUCCUUCCUUGCAGUGAAGAUCAUUUGGUUUCAUUACCAGUCAAGAUACACCAAUGCAUAAGAACUUUCUUAGAAAAGGCCAACCUCAAAGCAGUGUUCGCACCAUCAACUAUUGCAGCGAUACUUGGGUUUACAAUUGGAAUGAUACCUCCGAUCCAAAAAUUGAUGAUUGGCAAUGAUGCUCCACUUCAUGUUGUCACGGACUCGGCCUUCAUAAUUGGAGAAGCAGCCAUCCCAGCUCGCACUAUAAUACUUGGAGCCAACCUCCUUAAAGGUUUGAAGGGUACAAGUAUUCAACUAAGAGUUAUUCUUGGGAUAGUUGUAACUCGCUACGUAAUUCUUCCUCUGCUCGGAAUUUUCAUAGUUAAGGGUGCACUCCUAGUUGGCCUUGUUCCGUCUGAAGAUAAAUUGUUCGUAUUUAUUCUUCUUAUUCAAUAUGCCAUGCCACCAGCAAUGAACAUAGGUACAAUGACACAAUUAUUUGGAUCAGGCCAAAGUGAGUGUUCGGUAAUUAUGCUAUGGGCUUAUUCUUUGGCCAUUGUGGCUCUUACUCUUUGGUCUAUUUUUUUUCUUUGGAUUGUUACAUGAUAAAAUCAUACGAGUACUACAAUAUCAUUUUCUUUUACCGGAAUUAAUAGUCACAUUGUAGUUUGUUUUAUAUAAGACCAUAAUCGAAAUGAAAUUUAAUAGUAACAAGUAUUGAUAUGGAUACACAGAGUACAUUUCUUUUAAAGGUAAGGUACAUGGGGAGGUCCCCCCACCCUAUCACAGGAAUGGGAGGAUGAGGAGUCGAACAUCCUUGGAUAUACAGAAAGCCAAGUUGCAAACACUCAACGACCAAAAAUGUACUAUUUCAAUACUCGUAGUAUAUUUUGUUGUGAAGAAAAAGCUACAAAAGGGAUUUAAUCUCAUGUAUUUUGUACAAGCCACUUCCAUAAAUAUUACCAACUAUACUAAUGGAAUUCGCUGGAAA